AUGCCGCGUCCGACAUUACCACCCACGCCGGCGUCUUCCACGGAUAUAAAGGGUCAAGAUGGCUCCAAGGACCUCGCUUCCCUCCAGCUUUCCUUCGAACUGCCCCCGCCAGCACUCGUCCAGGACGCCUCGAGGAUCUCGCCAAAAGACACGAGGAGGACGUCGCCCAACACCACCGGCUUCCAACCCAUUUCGCCCUCCAACGUGAACAAACCGUACCCAGUGCAGCCCAGCGAGACGGUCAAAUCCCGCCGGCGCUCGUCGGCAGCCCAAAAGGCGGCUGCCUCGAAUGAGAGCUUCGCGCUGCCCCCGCCGCCGACCAGGUCACGCAAGAUUAUCCAAAUGAAGCCCCGUGCUCAACAGCAGAACGAGGCCGAGGACACCACCCCGCCAGCGGCCGGUGCCAAGGCGGGGGCUGCGGGUCCAGGAAAGGCCGGCGCGACGGCGGCGGCGGCGGCGAAUGGGUCCUCCGCUUCGACGGCGCAGGGUAAGAAGAAGGCGCCGUCUGCGACGAGCGCAGCGGGACGGAAGAUUGCGAGGAAGACGGCGCACAGUUUGAUUGAGCGGCGCCGCAGAUCCAAGAUGAAUGAGGAGUUUGCCGUUUUGAAGGGCAUGAUACCGGCCUGCACUGGGGAGAUGCACAAGCUGGCCAUUUUACAGGCGUCGAUCGAAUAUGUGAGGUACCUAGAGGACUGCGUCUCCAAGCUCAAAGCCCAACGAGACGCCUCUGAGGCCCGCUCACCCACCGAGUCCGGCCUGCAGACGCCUUCGGGGGGGCGCGGCGAGCCGUGGGGCCAGAUCCCGCAAUUCGUCCCCCGAUAUCAAGAAGACCCCGACGACGUGGAGAUGACCGACUCCGAGGCCCCAUCACCGACCUUCCCGCCCGUUCAGCAGCAUCAGCAUCAGCACGCGCAACAGCAACCGCAACAACAGCAGCAGCAGCAGCAUUCCCACUCCCACUCCCACUCCCGCUCCCAGCAGCCGUCCGUGUCGCCCGCCCUCCUGCCGCAGGACUUGCGGGAAAGACACCGCCACGACUCGUACUCGUCAGUAUCGACGGACCACCCGCGCCACAACAGCUACAGCUACAGCACCUCGACGACGACAUCGCCCGCAUUCGGGCCGCAGACAUAUGUCGGCGGCGUCGGCGGGUACGGGAGCCUUUCAGCGCUAACCAGUCCCGCGCUGGCGCCGCAGCGGGAUCGCGAUCUGGAUCACGAGGCGACGGCGGCGCUGCUGAUGCUAAAUAGCGAUCGGAGGGGCACGAGCGGGGGUGGUGCUGGACCAGCGAGGGGUGCUGGACGGGGCAUGUCGGUGAGGGAUCUGCUCAGUACUUGA